CAAGUGCAUCAUUUCAGGUGUCUCCCUGCCCACAACAUGCUCAGCUUGGACUCACUACGGUUUGACAACUCUUUCAGUUGCCAGUAUCCAGAUGCCUUACUCCACGAUCUGGAGGCAUUCAAUAAACAUGGCAACAAUUACUCGCAGACCAGUGAGUCUGACACCCAGACAGACCUCCUGUGGAAUUUCAUGGAACCAGAGGAUCCUUGUUAUGAGACAUAUGAGAAUAUACAUUUGACUUCCCUGCAGAAUGUCCAGCUGCCCUACAUCCCGAGCACCUAUCCCCAGUACUGCCCAGACACUGUUCAGACUCUAGAUGGAACAGUUCCAUGCCUAGCACAAUGUCCAAUGCCUGAUGACCUAUAUGUUGCUGAGCCAUAUCCUCCUUAUGCCUCAUAUCCAAUGCCGGGAAAUGUGCCAAGCCCACCACUUUCGGAGGAAGAAGAUUUUCACCAUGGAGAAAGCCCACCUCUAGAGGUGUCAGAAAGUGACUCUGAUGAGAACUUCUCUCCAGGGGAAUGCAUUGGUUAUGACCCAGGCGUACGCAAGAAGGUCCGUCUGUACAAAUUCCUUCUGGAACUUCUGCUGAAUGGAGACAUGAGGGAUUGCAUCUGGUGGUUGGACCGGGAGCGGGGGAUCUUCCAAUUCUCCUCCAAACACAAGGAAUUGCUGGCUCACCGCUGGGGCCAACAAAAAGGCAACCGCAAGAAAAUGACCUACCAAAAAAUGGCCCGCGCUCUGCGCAACUAUAGCAAAACCGGAGAGAUCCGCAAAGUGAAAAAGAAGCUGACGUAUCAGUUUGACAGUGUUCUGCUGGGGGAGAGGAAUGUGGAGCCAAUGUUACAGGCUCUCUCCUAAACCUGCCCACAUCUUCUGGGUGAAUGGGACCUCCCCAAAAUAUUCUCCCUUAUCAUCAGCCUUUGCUUUGUCUUUUUUGAGAUUGUGCGGGACGGGAGCAGGGUUGCGUUUCAUAAUCUUGGCCUAAAUUUGCACUGAAGACCUUGGAAAGGAGCUUGCACAAAGGACAAGAGUCAAGAAGGCUUUAAAUCAUUCAUCAUCAAUGGACCCGUGUGAGCUCCUCAUACAGAGGGUAGUGAUGUUGAUAGAAAAACAUAGUUUGCGGGUUUAGAAAGCGAAGAGGAGACAGAAUGUGGCAGAAUGAUGGGGCGGGUAGCAGACGUAGAGGCCCAUUUAUCAAAGUCCGAAUCUAUUUCAAUAUUUUCACUCUGACCAAAUCGGUACGGGUUUGUUCUCCUUAUUUAUCAAUGCACUUUCCCGAAAAUUUUCUUUGCAGGAAAAAACGGGGGAAAAAACAAAUUGUAUGAUUGUUACAGAUUUUUCACCAGAACUUUUUGCCUGUACACCACAAAAUCUUCAGAUUAUUGCACUAAACCCAGCGCAUAUCAAGAUAUCUUUAGGACCUCUCUCAUUGACUUAUAUACAACCUCGGCAGGUCUGAGAUGCUGGAUUUUCGGAUUCUGACUUUUUCCAUCUUCGGGGUAUAAUACAUCCUGAAAAAUUCAUGGUUUUUUUCCACUAAAAAUUCAGAUUUUAUAGUAAAAAACACGCAAAUCUUUCGGGUUUUUGGCAUUGUGUUUAAUAAAUAACCCCCGUAGCUUUGCGUUCUGAUCACGGACGGGCAGCUCUUCAGACGUCUAUAUAUCCACCAGCUGAUGAUAUCUCUAGGCCACCGUACCCUCUCCAGUCUGUAGGGAGAUCACUUUGUCAUCAGUUCUCUUUUGCUUCUGUUUUAUUUCCUUUCUGUUUGCUCUAAUGUUUCUUUUCUUCCAUAUUGGAUAGACUAAAGUGGAGAUACAUGAACAGAGCAAUGUUAUCAGCGAGUGGACACUGAAGCUCUGUCUCUCAGUUUAGCAAUGGCCGGUGCUUAGAGCACAGACUCUGCUCUUCCAGGAGCCUUUACGAGAACUCUUAGAUAACGGUUAUUUUCGAAUGUACAGAACAAUAUGUAGAAUGCUCUUUUUUUUUAUCAUUCAGUCAGGUAUUCGCACUUGACAAUGUCUUUUAAUGAUGUGGGACUUUAUUUUGCAGUGUGUGCUGCAACACUGGUAAAAUGUUAUUCCUAUGCCAAAUUAUAGGGAUUCUGUCAUGAUUUUUAUGAUGUCAUUUUUAUUUCUAAAUUACAAUGUUUACACUGCAAAUAAUUCACUCUACAAUAUAAAAUUUCCUUCCUGAACCGGCAAGUGUAUUUUUUAGUUGUAAUAUUGGUGUGUAGGUGCAUCUCAGGUCAUUUUGCCUGGUCAUGUGCUUUCAGAAAGAGCCAGCACUUUAGGAGAGAAAUGCUUUCUGGCAGGCUGUUGUUUCUCCUACUCAAUGUAACUGAAUGUGUCUCAGUAGGACCUGGAUUUUACUAUUGAGUGUUGUUCUUAGAUCUACCAGGCAGCUGUUAUCUUGUGUUAGGGAGCUGUUAUCUGGUUACCUUCCCAUUGUUCUGUUGUUAGGCUGCUGGGGGGUAAAGGGAGGGGGUGAUAUCACUCCAAACUGUUAGCUUCUAACAGUAAAGGGCGAUUCUUACAGUUCUGCUCAGCAGAGGUAGUUUGUAGAUAUGCACCGAAUCCAGGAUUCGGUUCGGAUUUCAGCCAGGAUUUGGCCUUUUUCAGCGGGAUUCGGCCGAAUCCUUGUGAACCAAAUCCUAAUUUGCAUAUGUAAAUUAUGGGCGGGAGGAAAAUCACAACUUUAUCACAAAACAAGGAAGCGAAAAAAAAAGUUCACACUUUUUCCUUUCUGCUCCUAAUUUGCAUAUGCAAAUUCAGAUGUGGUUUGGUAUUCAGCCGACUUUCACAAAGGAUUCGGCUAAAACCCAAAUAGUGGAUUCGGUGCAUCCCUAGUUGUUUGUAUAUAAUUUUGUUGUUUGUGAAUGUUAAUAUAUAUAUAUGUGUGUGUACAAACGGCUGUUAAUAUGCUUUUAUUCAUUUUCAAAAUAAAAUUAAUGAAAUCA